AAAGGAGAGCGCAUCUCCGAGUGUGUACAGAGCAGACUCAAAGCAGAAGCUGAAGGAGAUGCAACAGUUCUUUGGGCUCCAUGUGACAGGGAAGCUCGACUCCGAGACUUUGGCCGUCAUGAAACAGCCUCGCUGUGGAGUCCCUGAUGUGGCAGCAUACUCCACUUUUGGGGAGAGCUACAAAUGGGAGAACAAUCAAGUCACCUACAGGAUUGUGAACUACACUCCUGACAUGAGCCCAGCUGAGGUGGAUGAGGUCAUUGAGAGGGCUCUUCAGGUGUGGGCCAAAGUCACGCCCCUGAGGUUCACCCGUCUCUACAGUGGCACAGCCGAUAUCAUGGUCUCCUUUGGUGCCAGAGAUCAUGGCGAUGGCUAUCCUUUCGAUGGGCCGCACGGUACUUUGGCACAUGCAUUUGCACCAUUUCCUGGACUUGGAGGGGAUGCACACUUUGAUGAUGAUGAGACCUUCACUUAUCGCUCCUCUUACGGAUACAGCCUAUUCCUUGUGGCUGCCCAUGAAUUUGGACACUCUAUGGGACUGGGACAUUCUCAGGACUUUGGUGCCCUUAUGUAUCCCGCCUACCAGGGCUACCAAGACAUGGACAGCUUUCAGCUGCCAGCUGACGAUGUCAGAGGGAUACAGUCUCUUUAUGGCCCAAACCCUGAUGUGAAUCCUGAGGAUCCUGAACCCCCCAGUACGCCUGAUGCCUGUGACCCAAAGCUGGAGUUUGACGCAGUCACAAAUCUCCGUAAAGACAUAUUGUUCUUCAAGGGCAGAUUCAUCUGGCGGAGUCAUCCAAUGAAACCAGACAAAAAGGUGUACUUCAUCAAGACCAUGUUGCCUGGUGCCCCUGAGCAUAUCGACGCGGCUUAUGAAAACCCUCAAACACAACAAGUGUUGAUUUUCAAAGGUCGGAAGGUUUGGUCUAUGUAUGGAAAUGAAGUUGAAGCACCUCGUCCAAGGGACAUCAGCAGCUUGGGCCUACCACCGUCUGUGGAGUCCAUUACCGCAGCACUCCAUGAUCGCAGCACAAGGAAGACUUUGUUCUUUGUUGGCGAGUACUAUUAUAGCUAUGAUGAAAUGAAGAGACGCAUGGAUGAGGGCUUUCCCAAACGGGUCUCAGAAACCUUUCCUCAGAUACGGGGCAAAGUGACAGCCGCUAUCGAAUUCAGAGGUUAUGCAUACCUCUACAGUGGACCAAAAAUGUACGAGUAUUACUACAGCUCAAAGACAUACUACCGAACGCUGCCAUCAAGCUAUUUCUUCCAAUGUUAGGAGUCAUUGGUACACUGUAAUUGUCAAUCUACGGUCAUUGAUGUCAAAGUAUAGGACGAGUGUUGAUGUAUUGUGCACUUCC